AUGUGGACAGCCUGGUGUGUGGCCGCUCUGUCCGUGGCAGCUGUGUGUGGCUUCCGCGAAGAAACAAACACGGUCCUCAGAGUUACCAAAGAUGUGCUCAGCAACGCCAUUUCAGGCACCCUGCAGCAAAGUGACGCUCUCCACUCCGCCCUGAGAGAGGUGCCCAUGGGUGUUGGUGGUGUUCCCUACAAUGACUUUCAUGUCCGAGAGCCCCCCCCCAAAUAUACCAACGGCAAACAGCUGGGUGGUAAUUACAAGUAUGGUCACAUUGAGACCAACGACAACACUGCCCAGCUGGGUGGCAAAUACCGAUAUGGUGAGAUCCUUGAGUCUGAUGGAAGCAUCAGGGACCUCCGAAACUAUCGUGGUGCCGAGAACGCAUACAGCGGCCACAGGGACCAUGGGGUAUACAGGUCGGCCGAAGGCUCCAUGACUGUGCACAAGCACCACCGGCGAGAGCUGCAGCCUGGAGAAAUCCCACCUGGGGUCGCCACUGGGGCGCUGGGCCCGGGUGGCUUGCUGGGCUCCGGGGGCAUGCUGGCUACCGAAGGCAUCCUGGCCGGCCAAGGUGGCCUGCUCGGUGGAGGUGGUCUCCUCGGUGAUGGAGGACUUCUUGGAGGAGGAGGUGUCCUGGGCGUGCUCGGCGAGGGUGGCAUCCUCAGCACCGUGCAAGGCAUCACAGGGCUGCGCAUCGUGGAACUGACCCUCCCUCGGGUGUCUGUGCGGCUCCUGCCCGGUGUGGGUGUCUACCUGAGUUUGUACACCCGCGUGGCCAUCAAUGGGAAGAGUCUUAUCGGCUUCCUGGACAUCGCAGUAGAAGUGAACAUCACAGCCAAGGUCCGGCUGACCAUGGACCGCACGGGUUAUCCUCGGCUGGUCAUCGAGCGAUGUGAUACCCUCCUGGGGGGCAUCAAAGUCAGGCUGCUGCGAGGGCUUCUCCCCAACCUUGUGGACAACCUAGUGAACCGAGUCUUGGCCAACGUUCUCCCUGACUUGCUCUGCCCCAUCGUAGACGUGGUGCUGGGUCUCGUCAACGAUCAGCUGGGUCUCGUGGACUCUCUAAUUCCUCUGGGAAUAUUGGGAAGUGUCCAGUACACCUUCUCCAGCCUUCCGCUUGUGACUGGAGAAUUCCUGGAGCUGGACCUCAACACUCUGGUUGGAGAGGCUGGAGGAGGCCUCAUCGACUAUCCCCUGGGGCGGCCAGCUACGUCUUCCAGGCAAAAGAUGCCGGAACUACCCCCCAUGGGUGACAACACUAACUCCCAGCUGGUUCUUUCUACCAACUUCUUGGGCUCAGUGCUAACUCUCCUGCAGAAGGAAAGGGCACUGGAUAUUGACAUCACCAAUGGCAUGUUUGAAGAGCUGCCUCCGCUCACCACAGCCACACUGGGAGCCCUGAUUCCCAAGGUGUUUCAGCAGUACCCCGAGUCUCGCCCACUCACCAUCAGGAUCCAGGUACCAAACCCACCGUCUGUGACGCUGCAGAAGGACAAGGCACUGGUGAAGGUGUUCGCCACUGCUGAGGUCAUGGUCUCCCAGCCCAACGAUGUCGAGACCACCAUCUGCCUCAUUGACGUGGACACAGAGCUCUUGGCCUCGUUUUCUGUGGAAGAAGACAAGCUCAUGAUCGAUGCCAAGCUGGAUAAGACGAGCCUCAACCUCAGAACCUCAAACGUGGGCAACUUUGAUGUUGGCCUCAUGGAAGUGCUGGUCGGGAAGAUUUUUGACCUGGCAUUUAUGCCUGCAAUGAACGCUGUGUUAGGUUCUGGAGUCCCUCUCCCCAAAAUUCUCAACAUUGACUUCAGCAACGCAAACAUCGAUGUGUUGGAGGACCUUCUGGUGCUCAGCACAUGA